UUUCAGAUACUAGAACUAUGUCAUCAAGGAAGGGGAAAGCAUCUGCUCAUAUCUCAUACGAAGACGAAAAUGAUGAUCUCAUUGAUGAAAUCAAUACUUUUCAUAACAAAGACAGAAAAGUCGAAAAGGGUGCUAUUCACAAAAGAAAAACAUUCAAUCGUCCAGAAGAGGUGUUAAACGUUGAAGCAGAAGCAUCGGAUAGCAGUGAAGACGAUGGAUCCGACUUUGAUGAUGACGAUGUUAAUGAUAUCACGGACAACAAAUGGGGUAAAAAGAGGAAAGAUUUCUAUGGAACUGGAUUCGUGGAUAAAGAUUGGGGCGGAAUGCGUGAAGAAGAAAUGGAAGAUGCUCAACUCGAAGAGGAAGAUGCGUUGACUCGUCAAAAACAAAUCGACAAAUCGACAGCUGCCAUUGCUGAUUUAUUUGACGACGACGAUGAAGAUGAGGAAGAAAAAGAAGAAACUGUCGAGGUAAACGAAUUGAAAGAAUAAUUAAAAUAAUGAAAAGUUUUAGGUGGAAACAGUUUUAGAAUUCAAUGAGGAGAAUGCAAGGACAAAGAACAAAAAAAUCGUGAAAACUCUGGAACAAUUUGAAGCAAGAAAACGCAUCUUCGAUCUCGUCGUGAAGCCUCUUGAAAAUGUAAUCAAGCAGAUUCCAAAAUGCGCAUUGCGAUCGCAGUUAGUCUACGUUGCCCAGACAUAUGCAUCAUACCUCAUGAACACAGCAUUCCUGUUGAAUCUCAGAGCCAAACAGUUUUCCAAUGAAAAACUCGACGAUCCACUUGUUGACAUCCAUCCUGUAGUGGAGUCGCUGAAACGACUUGAAAAGAAAAUCACCGAGUGUGAAGAUUUUUUGCAUUCGAAUUCGGAUCAUCUGGAUGAGCUCAAGAAAUGGGCGGAGUCGGAGCCAGAAAAUAUGGAAGAAUUGAUUUCGAAGGUUGGAGAUGUUCAACUUACAAAGAAGAAUUUUGGAGCAAUUAUGAACAAUAAUCUUUCAACAAUCACAUCUUCUGAUAACACAUCAAUUCAUCCACACUUCACACCAAUGGAUGCAGAUGAAAAAAGAAAGGCCUCUGACAAAGUUGCCAAAAACCGUGAAUACGCAGAACGACGUGGGAAAAAGAAGGCCAAGACCAGCAAGACUAAAAAUCGUCGCAAGGUCCACGCCAUCGAGAAGCGCGUCAAGUCUCAGAUUGGAAACGUUCGUCGCGAAAUGCAGAAAUAUUCUGGAGAAACGAGCGGAAUUCGUGCAUCUACAAUCAAGUCGACUAAGCUUAUCGCUUAAAAAAAGUGUCAUCAAUUUCUCCGUUGCCACUGCAUUCAGCUGGACUUUCCUGGUUUUUUUGAUCGUUAAUAUCUUGUUUUCUUUGAUUUAUUCAUUUUUCAUUUAUCCUGUUAACCUUCGUUGUUGAUUUUUUUUGUUCCUAAAAUCGCCCUUUCUACCAAAAUGAAGUUGAGUUUUCAAU